AGUCCAUCACACACUAAAAUGGACCUUUGUGGUUAGAGGUAUAUAAAGCUGAACUGAACCCUUCUCCACUGGGUGACCCCUAUUUCGGCUUUGGUGAACAGGAACUGAUCCCAAGGACUGUUUUGUUGUCUCGUGCGCAGUGUCAGAAACGCAAUCAUGCCUUUUGGAAACACCCACAACAACUUCAAGCUGAACUUCUCUGUUGAUGAUGAGUUUCCUGACCUUAGCCAGCACAACAACCACAUGGCCAAGGCGCUGACCAAGGAGAUUUAUGCUAAACUGAGGGACAAGCAGACCCCCACUGGUUUCACUUUGGAUGAUGUCAUCCAGACCGGUGUGGACAACCCUGGUCACCCCUUCAUCAUGACUGUUGGCUGUGUUGCUGGUGAUGAGGAAUCCUAUGAGCUGUUCAAGGAUCUCUUUGACCCAGUCAUCUGCGACCGCCAUGGUGGAUACAAGGCCACUGACAAGCACAAGACUGACCUGAACUUCGAGAACCUGAAGGGUGGUGAUGACCUGGACCCCAACUACGUCCUGAGCAGCAGAGUCCGUACUGGACGUAGCAUCAAGGGAUACGCUCUCCCCCCCCACAACAGCCGUGCUGAGCGCAGGGCUGUGGAGAAGCUCUCUGUUGAGGCUCUGACCAGCCUGGAAGGUGAGUUCAAGGGCAAGUACUAUCCCCUGAAGUCCAUGACCGAUGCUGAGCAGGAGCAGCUGAUUGCUGACCACUUCCUUUUUGACAAGCCCAUCUCCCCCCUGCUUUUGGCUGCUGGUAUGGCCCGUGACUGGCCUGAUGCCAGAGGCAUCUGGCACAACGAUGAGAAGACCUUCUUGGUCUGGGUGAAUGAGGAGGACCAUCUCCGUGUCAUCUCCAUGCAGAAGGGUGGCAACAUGAAAGAGGUCUUCAGGCGCUUCUGCGUUGGCUUGAACAAAAUUGAGGAAGUGUUCAAGAAGCACAACCAUGGCUUCAUGUGGAAUGAGCACCUGGGCUACGUCCUCACUUGCCCCUCCAACCUGGGCACUGGCCUGCGUGGUGGUGUCCACGUCAAACUUCCUAAACUCAGCGAGCACCCCAAAUUCGAGGAGAUCCUGACCAGACUGCGCCUGCAGAAGCGUGGCACAGGUGGUGUGGACACCGCCUCCGUGGGUGGAGUGUUCGACAUCUCCAACGCUGACCGUAUCGGCACUUCCGAGGUAGAGCAGGUGCAGUGCGUCGUGGAUGGUGUCAAACUCAUGAUUGAGAUGGAGAAGAAGCUGGAGAAAGGCGAGGCCAUUGACAGCAUGAUCCCCGCCCAGAAGUAAAGAGGCAAACUCCCGUUUCCUUUUAUUUUCCUUUCUUUUUUACA